AUGAAAUCACACUCCACUGAGAGUUUCAAGUGUGAAAUAUGCAAUAAAAUGUAUCUUCGGGAGAGCGCGUGGAAACAGCACCUCAGUUGUUACCACCUGGAAGAAGGUGGAGUCAGUAAGAAGCAGAGAACUGGGAAAAAAAUACACAUAUGUCAGUACGUUGAGAAGCAGUUUGACCACUUUGGACAUUUUAAAGAGCAUCUUCGAAAACAUACAGGUGAAAAACCUUUUGAAUGUCCAAAUUGUCAUGAACGAUUUGCUAGAAAUAGUAGCCUCAAAUGUCACUUGACUGCAUGCCAAACUGGAGUGGGAGCAAAAAAGGGUUGA